UGCUACACUACAUGCCUGUCACAGUCUGUCAGCCAAUGCAUUCAGAGCUGUAGGAAGAAGGAGUUGUGAUCAAAGAUCUGUCAUCCAAGUGGGAGCCCAAUGAUCGCUCAGCAAAGUGGCUGAAGAUCAAGCCCGAUUAUCUCAACACUGGUUCUGACCUCGAUGUUCUCGUCAUUGGUGGAUAUUUUGGGACAGGGAGGAAUGGUGGUCAGAUCAGUCAGUUUCUAUUGGGUGUUGCUGAGAAAUCUGUACCAGAUGCCCUCCCAACCAAGUUUUUGUCAUUUGCACGUGUUGGCACCGGGUGGACGGAUGAUGAGCUCGAGAUUCUGCGGAAAAAGUUGGGACCGUAUUUACGGCCCAAUGAGAAAGGAUCAAGACCCCCAAGUUGUUAUUCGGUAACCAAUCAUUCAAAGGAGAGGCCUCAUCUCUGGGUUGUCCCGCCUGAGAAGUCAGUGAUCUUCGAGGUGAAGAGUGACAUUCGCUGCAUUGAGUCGCUGGUAUUCAAGUCUCCAUACAGCUUGCGGUUCCCACGCUGUGAGCGGAUUCGAUAUGACAAGGAGUGGUAUGAGUGCCUCAGUGUGCAAGAGCUGAACCAACUUGUUGAAGAAGGCAAGGGAAGUCUGAUGGACACGUCCAAGUUCACCGCACUUCACGAUACACACAAGAGAGCAAAGCGGCCCAAGCCGGAGAGUGGAACGUUGCAGCUCCUUCCAUCCCAUCUGCAAAUGACGGAUGCGUCACGCGUUACACGUACCAGCAGCAUUUUUAAGGGACUUCUGUUUUACUUCGUGAACUUUUCAGAGGAAUACCCGAAAGAGCGGAUGCACACAAUUGUUUUCGAACAUGGAGGAGAGGUAUCCAUGAACUGGAGUGAUCACGUAACCCACACGAUUGCGUCCAUGAAGUCUGGUGUGAAAUACCUGUCAGCUAUGCGCAAAGGUGAUGUGAUCCAUUUCCAGUGGAUCCUGGACUGCAGAGACGAGAAGGCACUUUUGCCAAUCCGGCCAAGUGCCACGUCAGCAGUGCCACGUCAGACACAGUGCCACGUCAGCAACAUGACGGGCCUGCCAGGCCAACUGGCCAAUGAGCCCAUUGCCGACUACAAAAAGCGCUUCCAGGCUCAGCUCGUUGCAAUCGAGGCUGAGGAACAACGCCAGCUGGCAGUCAAGGCUGCCCAGCUACAGGCUGAAGAAGCGGCAACAGCAGAGAAGCUGCGGCUACAGGCCGAAGCAGACGCAGAUGCCCAGGCUCGCCGCAAGGAAGCCCAGGCUCUGCUGCAGCGGCAUGAAGCCAACAGCAUCGAGAAACUCAAGUACUGGCACUUUGACCUGAACGGCAACGAGGCAACACCGGAAGAGCAGCAUAAGGAGUUUCUCUCCAAACUCGUGACACGGUUGUUGUAUGCUUGCAACUACCAGCGGUCCGAGUUGGAGAAACAAUACCAGAACCUGACGCAACAGCAUCAGGAGUUGGCAAAGCUCCGCCAUACAGCUGUACCAGGACCAGCUGCUGGGGCUUCCAGCAGUGCAUCCUCUAGUCGCCAACCGGAGGAACGCGUUGACCACGUAGUGGCAAUGCUCGGCAACAUCAGCACCUUCGCUGCGCCGACCACCAUCAGCAGUCAGCUGCAUUCCUUGAAGACCGAGGUCCAGCAGUUGCAGUCGACGAACGCGGAUGACAAUCCGAAGAUGUACAAGAUGCCAACUUUCCAACUGGACAAGUUCGACGACUACACGCAGCAGGAUCCGGUCCUCUGGUGGGAAGCAUUCACAAUGCAACUCAGGAUUCUGCCCGUAGCCAAGCAUGCGUACAUCGGCGCCCUGUUCCUGAACUCAAAGGGCGGAUGCCAGACCUGGCUGAGCCACCUGGCAACCUCCCAUGGCGUCGACGUACCGGACUUGAAGGACAAGAUCACAUGGGAGGAACUGACACGGUUGUGGAAUUAGCGGUUCAUCGUCGACGACGCGCCGGCACUCGCCAUCAACCGUCUGUUCACCAUGUCACAGGGCAACACUGCAACACGGGACUGGCUCACGGAGUGGCAGAAGAUUGCGGCAGUGCCCAAUCUAGAGUUGCCAUUCAUACAUCUCAGACAUGAGUGCAGACCAGAACAAGAACCGACCUCUCAAUGCAAAGUACAAGAUAACACAGCGGAAGACUUAGAUACUCAGGAUCCGAACAAUCAAUAUUGCAAUGCAGC